AUGUCUUCAAAACAUGCAAACCAACAACUUGGGCCAUGGUUAUCACAUUGUUUACAUUACGUUAGAGCUGCAUAUGCAACUUUAGUAGCAUUGGAUUUGCCUUCUGAAGCUUUAGAAAUAAUUUUUUUAAUCUUGUGGCUAUAUUUCAGGGUAAAUUUUAUAGUAAAUGUGUUCAAACAAGCUACAGAUCAAGUUAACGCCUUCCUGUUAAAGAGACUUGGCAGAUUGAUCAAUGGAAUACAUGGAGGAGGAACAGCAUUAAGUGCAGAGCUUGAAAAAAUUGUGACAGAAGCCUUGGAGGCAGGUCAAGUAGCACUUAAACCGGAAAUUAAGGAAAAUCCAUUAGAAGGCGCUGCACAAAAAGAAAUUAUGAGCCAAGCUCAAAAUAUGUUGUUAGCUUUUAACGGAGUUUUGGAAGAAUUGGCAUUUAGUAGAGCAGAUGAGGACGUAGAUGAGUUAUCACCUGGAGUUUCACAAUUGAUGGGACCUAUGGCAACACCGUGGAAUGAUGAAAAUCAUUCUUGGAGUGGAAAUACAGCUCCUUGGGAACUCAGAUUAUUGGCAACGAUUGCAAAUUGCCGGCAUGUUACCAAUGUAGUGCUACCUCGACUUGCUGAUAAGUUUUCCAUAAAUGGAUACCCAACGCUCUCUCUAGACCCAUUACGGGGAUCCCUACAGUCACUUAGAGGCUCUUUGUUAGACACAUACACAGAACAUAGGAGUGACCCUUUGGUGGGUACUUUAGAACCAUCAAUGUAUCUUGGAAAAUUUGACUGGGACAGAGCCGUUACACCUACUGGG